GAGAGGCUCUAUCAAAAGUCUGAUCAUGAGAUUCGUGGACUCUACACUGCACUUAACUGAAGGAACUGAACCUCAAACACAACAGAGUUUCACUAUGGGUGUGGAGAUGCUCUCUGUGUUUUUACUCAUGCAGACUCACUUUUGCUGGGGUCUGAACACACUGAUCGUUCCCUCUCAGCCAAUCAUAGCGCCCGUUGGCAGUGAUGUCACUCUGCCCUGUCAGUUGGACCCUGUUAAAGACCUCAGGGACAUGGUGGUGGAGUGGUCACGGCACGACCUGACGCCGCGCUACAUCCACAUCCGCCGUGACGGUCUGGACUUCCUCAUAGACCAGAACUCCCUGUACCUGGGCCGCACCUCUGUGUCCGAGAGCCGACUGCAGCAGGGGGACAUGUCCCUGAGUCUGACCAGAGUCAGGGCCAGUGACAGGGGCAAGUACAGCUGUUACAUCCCCCUGGUUAAUGUCAAAGCAGAGGUCACUCUACUGGUCGUGUCCGUGGCCCCUCCCUCGAUGAGCCUGAUCAAAGAGCGCUCGGGGUCUCCCGUGCUGAGGUGUGAGUCCAGGGGCUGGUACCCGGAGCCGGAGCUGGAGUGGCUGGACUCAGAGGGGACGGUUCUGCUCAGGACUGAGGCUCAGAGAGGAGCGAGCGAGGAGCUGUUCAGUGUGAGCAGCAGACUGAGUGUGGAGCAGAGGCUCGGCAACACGUUCACCUGCAGAGUGAGACAACAGGAGAGCGGCCAGAGCAGAGAGGCCCAGCUCAGCAUCACAGAUGAAUUCCUGGAGGCCUGUCCCUCGUGCUCUGUGGCCUGGGUCCUCUUUAGUUUGCUGCUGUGUCUCGUUGCUGCUGCUGUUGCCUUUGCCGUGUGGAAGUUUCAAAUCAACAAAACCAAGACUAUGGAGAACAAACUUAAAGACUGUGAAGAAGGUGUGUCAUUCAUGAGGGAAAAAGAAGAUGAGAAAAUCCACAGACGAGACGACAAACAGGCUGAAAACAAGGAGCAAUUAGAGAAGAUUAAAGAAGAGCAGACGUCUGCUGCACAGUUGAGUGAGAAACUAACAGGAACAAAGAUGUUUCUAACAAAUCUAAAAGAAAAACUAAAUAAAUACAAGUAUCAACUCAGCACUGACAUGGAGAAGAAGAAGAAGAAGAAGAGGCCUGACCCUAGGAAAGAGGAGAAAAUUGAAAAAAUUAAGAAGCAAAUUAAAGAGUUUGAGGACAUUUUUAAAGACGUUGACACAGAAAUGUCUAAAAUUGAGGAGCUUCUUUCAAAAAACAGUGAGAAGAAAGGGAAGCUGGAGGGAGAAAUAAAGCAUUUCACAAAACUGGUGCAACAACAGAAGGAAAUACAAGAGGAGGAGGUGAAGGAGAAGGAGGUGAAGGAGAAGGAGGAGAAGAAACAGGAGGAGGAGAAGAAACAGGAGGAGGAGGAGAAACGGGAGGAAGAGAAGAAACAGGAGGAGGAGAAGAAACAGGAGGAGGAGAAACAGGAAACCAAGAAUGAGGCUCAUGAUGACACCAGUGGAGGAGAGAAUAUGAACCCCAGUCCUCAAAAACCAGUAAACCCUCAGGAGCAGACAGAGGAGCUGCAGGCACAGGGGACGGAACCGGAACAAACAACAGACACAAAUACAAGUGAACAGAGCACUUCUGCUAAAAUAAAUAAACUGUGGAACAUCAUGCUAAACAGAAAAAUAAAAAUCAAUAAUCCAUUUAAAUAA